CCAUAAAUAUCAGCUUGGUUAGGCUAAUUUUAGGAGCUGUAGUCAGACACCAGGGCAUGCAGGAUGUCUCUCAGGCCAAUUGGCUGGAUAUGUGGAGAGCUGGUCAGGAAAUUUGCUGGACAAGCCCAGAUAAUACAGAGAGUCUUCUUGGAAAUUAUAGAUGAGAUUAGGGAUGAAUUCCCCAAUUUACUGAGACUGACAAGCUCAAACCAGGAUGGCAAUCGCACCGUGCAGCAGUCUAGAUCUGUUGUGGCGAGAGUGUUCUAUUCCGCUCAUGCGGUAAUGGUUAGCUCUUCAAAAUCAAUAGCUAAAUUUGUGCAGCCACACCUUCUUCAAAAAUUGACGGACCUGCAAAGAGUAUCACAUAAUCUCUUGCAUAAACUGAAUGCUCCCAAACAACCUCUUUAUAAAAUGAAGGUAAAAUCCAUGUUCCUUUAUGAUGUCAUUUCCUAUCCAACAAGGACCGCCCUCACUGGUGUAAUGUGCAUUUCUUAUGCAGCACUAAUUUAUUUGACAGUCUCCAUUAAUAAAGCACUGGGAAGAAUUAAAAGCAUAAUUGAAACAGAAAAGAGCUCCAGGGAAAGCAGCAGUGAUGGUCUCGAUGCAGAUGGAUUUCCCAGAGUCAGGGAAAUGGCAAGCGAGUCUGCAACUUCCUCUGCACACGAAAUAUCUUCAGAGUUGACUAUUAAGGAAUCACCAAGCAGCGGAAGCAUCCAUACACUACUUUCGGCAAUAGAUAAAGAAAAUGAACAAUAAUGCUCCCUUGUACGCUAUACAUA